AUGGAUCAAGGGCUAAAGUCAUCCAAGUACAAGGCCUACGAUAUUGAGAGUAUACCUCAGGCGGAAAUUUACAAUCACGGCGGUGGUAGCUGGCCAAGCGAUGCAGUGAAUGGUGUACCGCUGUACCCCGAGGAUGCGCCUGGUAACCCACGACUGAGCCGCUUUGUGGUGCAGGGGUGCCAGGACGUCUGGGCCGCGGUGCUCUUCAUCGCCGCCAUUAUCAUGACAGUGGUAUGGGGCAGCGUGAAUAUGGCAACAUACACGCCGGUGUCGCUUCCCAACUCGGAUAGCGGAUCCACCCCGAAGUCCACCAAUGAGAUAAGCAUGACAACUAUUACGGUGCUGCUUACCAUAUUCGUUAUCUCCGUCGCUGGGGCGUGUGGAUCCCUUCUGCUGUUGGCCUACUUCCCACGGCAACUUAUUUUCAUUGCGAACGUCCUCACAGUGGUGCUAGCUUUGGUCGCUGCUGUGCUAGCUUUCAUUUCUGGCGUCGUUUUUGCGGGGGUUCUUCUUCUUUUCAUGUGCGUGCUGCAGGCCCUCUGGUUGUAUUUUGUACGGGACCGCAUUCCGUUCUCAGCAGAGCUGCUUAAGGCUGCCUCCGACGUGCUGAUGCGGUACAAGGCUGUGUUUAUGUUUAACUUUCUGCUGAGUGUGGUAUGCCUUGUGUACAUGUUCUUUUGGUCCGCCAUGGCGUUGCCCCCGGUGGAUCGCGUCAACCAGGAUAACGGGGGUGCGGGAGAUGGUCUGCUGAUCACGUUGUUCAUGCUGAUUUUCUUCUGGGUGGCACAGGUGGUACCCAACAUCAUGCACGUGACAACGGCGGGUGUGACGGCCACGUGGUACUUCGCCGGUGAGGGACGUAUGCCGAAGAAUCCGACGGCUGCAUCGUUCAAGCGCGCCACGACGACCAGCUUUGGCUCUGUAUGCUUUGGCUCACUCAUUGUCGCGUUCAUUCGCCUGCUGCGCUGGCUGAUGGAAAGCGCCCGCGAGAACCAAAAUGAAUUCAUUCGCUGUAUCACCAUCUGCAUCCUCUCGUGCUUGGAGAGGCUGGUGGAGUACUUCAACACAUAUGCCUUUGUGCACGUUGCGGUGUAUGGAUGCGGCUACAUCGAGGCUGCGAAGCGCACGUGGCAGCUGUGCAAGCAGUGCUUCUUCGCCGCCUACUUCAAUGACGCACUCAUCGGCUCCACUCUAAGCGUACUCUCACUUGGCGUGUCUGCACUCAUCGGUGUUGUGGUUGGGCUGGUGAUGAGUAGCGUUAUCUUUGGCGUGCUCGCCUUCAUCGUGUCGCUGCUGGUGCACCUGCUCUUUUUCACUGCAGUGGAGAGCGCGGUGACGACGUUCUUCGUCUGCUACGCGGAGGUGCCAGCGGGGCUGCAGCACUCCGCGCCGGAGCUCUACGCCGCACUGCAGAACACCGACAGGAACGGCACGAACAACAACGCCGCGGUACCGUAG